GACACGAGCGCGAUGGAACGGUUCAGGAUGCAGAGGCGGGUCCAGGUUGACGAUCCCGGAUCUCAGCCAUCCAAAUACGACGACGUUCAGGACGAUGAUUCCUCUCCGGUCGAACACGAUGAACCGGAUUCUCAAGAGAAGCUCCGUAAAGGGGACUACAUCGACGUCUCUUCUCAUCCCUUUUUUAAGAAGAUUUUGCACAAACAAGGGGACCAGCAAGUUCUAUUUGCAGAUAAAGUUUUGAAGUUCACGGGUUCAGGGAAGAUAAAAUGUCGCAUUCUGUUAAUUUCAGAUUUUGCAGUUUACGUUGUUGACCCAGAGACUGGUUCCCUUAAACGGAGGAUAGCCCUUGCAGCUGUUGAGAAGAUUUGUCUCAGUGAACUGAGUGAUAACUUUUUUGCAAUAAUAAUUCCAACAGAGUAUGAUCUACUUAUGGCUAGCACUCGAAAGACUGAAAUCGUCACUGCGUUUGUUGAAGCUACUAAGAGAGCAUCUUCUUAUGAACUUGAAGUGGAUUCCUCUAAUAGGUUUGAGUAUAAUGCGGCAUCUGACUUGGUUAAGGAAAUUGAAUUUGAGGAAGUCGAAGGGGGUGUCAAAACAAGAAUUUUGAGGAAGUGAAUUUCGUUUUGUAUUCUCGUGAUGAUGUCUGUAAACUUGGUAGGAGAUACGUACAGGAAAUUAUUUGAGUGAUCGUGUGGGAAAGAUUCUUCCGGGCAUAGUUUUUUUUUUUUUUUUUCCUUUCCAAAGGUUAAUUACACUGUUAUUCUGAUAUCGGAAAUUUUAAAAGAAGAAAUAUAUACGUGAUGUAAGUUUUCAACUUAAAAACAGAUUAUCUGGAUGUAUGAAAUGGAAUUAUAUCAAAUUUGUA